UAAAAUAAAUCAAAAUAAUAAAAUAACCCCGUUUUACCUGUUUUCUCACCUGAAUACAAAAUGUCAAAUUUUGACAAUUGUCUGCGAAUUUGUGUCUUUCACACUACUUUAUACCAUUGAUUAGUGCUGGUGUCGAUGUUCUUGGACAUUUUAAUACGAAAACAAAAGUUCAUAGAUAUAUUAUGAAAUAAAGUUUAAGUUGGGACAACUAUAAUUUAUAAUGCCAAGACACAGGUAUGAAAUUGCCUGACAGAGAGUGCUUUCUUAACUUCUUGACUAACUUAUUGUGGACACAAACUGAGUACGUUACAGUUUUCUAUUGUGAUAUAUAUAAAACCUAGGCUCGAAGUGUAAAUCUGUUAAUUAUUUAGGAACCAAUUCACUGAGAAGAACUCUGGAAAACCGUUUAUUUAUCAAAGUCAGAGGUAAUUAAUUUCAUACGUAGUUUUUUAUUCUCUGCUGGAGUUAUACUAUUUUUCUUUUUCACUAAACAACAAAAGCGCCGAGUAGAAAACGUUGUAGUAAGAAAUCGUGUUCAGUGUUGGCCGAGAGACCUUUACUAGCUCUACCGUACUUUUGUGAAAUUUAUGUGGAAUUAAUUUACAUAUGACUGAGAAAAAGAAAAAUCGGUUAUUUACUAUUUAUGUAAAUUUAACAGCGAGUUGACUUGACCAAAAUAUUAAUAAGAGACUUAUUGCAGUGCGAGAUAUCUAAAUCACAAUUAAAAAAGGAAAGGUGGAAUUAGCGUGUCAUCACUGAAGUUGAAAUUAACCUACGUUUUACAGUUAGCUAUGAGGAUUAAGAAGGGGCAUUUGUUUUGUCUCAGUCUGAUAGGAUUUCUAAUUCAGAUAGAAGCAACGGACACGACAAUUUGUAUGAACUGUCCAUCCCCAUAUCCUUGUACCACGAUAUCUUUUGGUAGCUAUGAAACUUUUAUUCGGAACAUUCCUGAAGAUACUCCUGUUGGUUCUGUAAUAGGUAUAUUGGAUACUUAUGGCACUGAGAACGAGAUCACUUUACAACCAACCAGCAAUGAUUACCUUCGGCUAGAACUGCCAUCAAGGAACAUCACAUUACAACAACAACUAGACACAGACAAAGGGUCUAGUUCCCUGUCACUGCGUAUACCGUGUACUCCCAAAGAUGAACUUUCUUCUACGGUGACUGUAACAAUAAGAGUACUCCUUGUUGAUGUCAAUGACCAUGCGCCGACCUUCUCACAAGAUCAGUAUACGGUAAACAUAAGUGAAGAUGCAGUCCCAGGUACGACAAUUUUCAGAGAUGCAAAAGCUCAUGACGAUGACAAAUCUGGAGAUGGCAAUGAUCUGUUUUCGUACAGUAUAUUACCUGGUCCUUUCUCGGAUUAUUUUGAAUAUGAAUAUCCAUUAUACCCAGAUAUAACACUGAAAAAGAAGUUAGAUUUCGAACAUACCACUUACAUGGAAAUAGAAAUCAUGGCAAAGGAUACACCAGUUCGUGGAAGCAGUUUAAAUUCAACCGUUAAAUUACGGAUUAACGUUAAAGAUGCUGAUGAUUUGAACCCUAAGUUUGUGUACGACCAGUAUUUUGGAACUGUUAGUGGCAAUUCAGUCCCGGGAACAAUGGUCACAGUUUCACCCUCAGCAGUUUCAGCUUAUGAUCAGGACACACUAAACGCUGCCGUGAAGUACGAGUUAACAGAUCCUAAAGGAAAGUUUACUAUCGAUGAUCAGACUGGUAUUGUAAGUGUAAACGGGCCGCUAGGAAGUGAAGCUAACACCAGAUUUAUUCUUAAGGCAAUACAGACAGAUAACCCAUUUCGCUGGUGUAUAGCAACACUAGCUAUUGAUAUAAAUGGAGCAGCGCCACCAACAACCCAAAAUGAAACACUACGAUUUCAGUUUCAGCGGUAUAAUGUUACCUUAUCUGAAAGUACUCCAGUUGGUACUAUUGUGAAGUCCUUGCAUCCCACUGGACAAACCAAGGACCGUACUUUGUCAUACAGCAUAAUGGAAAAUCAGAAUGUUUUCAUCAUACAAUCAAGUGGCGACAUUAUACUCGGAAAAGCUUUGGACUAUGAGCAUAACCAGUACUAUACGAUCACUGUUACUGUUACUGAUGGAUACGAUACAGCCAUUACAACAGUCAACGUUUAUGUGGCGGAUGUCAACGAUAACAGCCCUGUUAUCGGAACACCAACUAUAAGUUUGUCUGCAGAACGUGUAAAAGGGACUGUUUUAACUAUUAUUGAGGUUACAGAUAAAGACAACAAUUCUCAGUUUAUAUUCCAGUUGUUAAGUCAUAUAAGUUUAUUUGCUGUCGACGUGAUUGGACAAGUUUCUAUAACUGGUUUACCAGAGGAGUUAAUCGAAGACAAAUAUAUUUUGACUAUAUCUGUGAAAGAUAAUGGAGCACCUGUUCGUGAAAGUAUCGCCCUGGUAAUUGUAAAUUUUCCUGCAUCUUCACGACCAGUAGCAAAGGCGGCAAUUAUGACUGAGAGCAGUGAUAUUUUAGCAAUAGGUUUAGGUGUUGCAGCGGCUGUUCUAUUUAUAAUAGUAAUAAUACUAAUUGUAUACAUUAUUAGAAGACGUUUAUAUGCUGCUGAACAACUAGACAGAGUGAAACAUCAACGAGGAAUGAAUCCACGUGGUUUGACAUAUAGACCAGGAGAUCCUUCACCAGUUCCUUCACAUUUUGAUUUAAAGUUUAACGGUGACCUGGAAGAAACUUCUGAAAUAGAUGGAUCAACUACUAUUCAAGACAAUCCACUGUCAGAUAGUCGUUAUCGAUAUGGUUAUCCAAACUUAAAUGGUGACGUGGAUCUGGAUGCUGGCGAUGAAGAGAUACAUAUUGACACUGCGGUUGUUCCCUUUGAAAGAGAAGACUAUUUCAGAGGAAGUGGACGAAUGAAAACAUUCGGUGGUGGUCACGAGGAAUGCAAUAGUAGUGAUAAUAGUUACGCAAGCGACAGUACUGGGGACAGUAACAAAGGACUUAUGAAAAACCUGAAGAAACAGGCAUUAGCGAAUGGGUCAGAUAAAAUAGGAAACACAAACAGAAUACCGUCGUAUAUGUCGGACAGUGUGUUAGAAAGUAGAUUGGGACAGAAAUCAUCGAAAGAAAAACCAGAAAUUACAGUUUACUUCUGAUACACACUUACAGACGACAUGUGCAAUAAUUUCAUUCCUAUGUAGGAUAUAAUUAUUUUCAUAAAUUAGGUCAGUUCACUUUCAUUGAUGAAUAUUUAUAGUCACGUUUACCUUAAUCCAGGUGCUAAUUUGUGAUUUGUUUACAUUAUAUCAGCAUAUGUUUAAGUUUAUUUCAUUAAUGUAAAUGCUAUUAUUCUCUUUUGCUGAUAAUAUAUAAUUUGUAAAUGUGAUUGAUCUUUUGAAAUUAACAUAAAUAACAGUUUCCUGAAAUUUGUGAUAUUUUUCUACUACAAUUUAAAAACAAAUGUAUAUAAAUCUUGUGUGUCUAUAUUAUUAUCGUUCAGUUUGAUAUAUACAUGAAUGACAAACCAAUUGUUCUUAUAAUAAGGUAAUUUAUAGAACAUGUCUUUUUCUCAAGUUUUCUUUAUAGUAUGGUGGAUGCUGGCGUUUUGCCAUAUGCGCGGUCAAAAUAAGUCUAUCGAACAUAUGUCUUGUUUGUCUGAAAUUUUCUUUUUUCUGCAUCAAGUAAUAAGCGAGAGGAUCCUAGACCAAUUUGGAUCUGUUCAUUUUCAGUAUAUCCCAUUUGUGUGAAUUUGCACUAAAACAGAUUUUGGCUAUUGCAAUCAAUGUCUUUUGUAACAUGUGUGUUUUAAAGUUAUGUAUGGUUCUCUCUCCCUUAUAUGGUUUCAUCAGACAUGAAUAGAUUCAUAACAAAACAAUAACUGUUUUUAUUGAUAUGUGCAAAUUAACGAAUCAUAGUAUAUUUUACUAGUACAGACAUAAAAGGGAUUGAUGGUCUCUUCAAAGUAUUGAAAUGCAGAAAUUGUGAUUGACUGCGAAUAAUGUUAAUGCUCUGUAACCAUUUGAUAAAAUUUCUAUUUUUUAUUGACUUGAAUGACCAAUUCCCGCCAGUAAAUGAUUCCUGAAAAUAACAAUUCUACUUCAUUUGCUGGUUUACAGAAUAAAGUUUAAUUGUUUUAUCGUCUUUUAAAAGAAAUAUUACACUCAGUGAAAAAAUUAAACUGUGUAAACAUAAAAAAGUAGUUUUCAAAUAUUUGUAUAUAUGUAUGUAUUUUGCAGAAAUCGUAAGACUUCCCCGUUUGGAAUUUAUAUGAAGUUACAUAGAAGUCCUACUUUGAUUUGUAAAGUAUUUUCCGUUUUUAGUUUAUAUGUAUAACGGAAAUAAAAAUGUAUAAUCUAAAGUGCAAUCCUUUUUUCAAAUUGUGCAAAAACCUCGUUUUUCUGACAUUCCCUGAGUUAUUGAAAUAUAUAGUUAUUUUUAUUUACUUUUGACGGAAUGGGUCAAAAGAUAUAGUAUUAUAUAUUUUAUUUAAUGUAAAAUGGUUUAUUAAUUAAACAGACUAUUUUAUUUAAA